AUGGAGCAAAGAAGAACCAGGCUGGAGACCGACACGAGGAGGAAGAAACAGGCUGGAAACCGACACGAGGAGGAAGAACCAGGCUGGAGACCGACACGAGGAGGAAGAACCAGGCUGGAGACCGACACGAGGAGGAAGAACCAGGCUGGAAACCGACACGAGGAGGAAGAACCAGGCUGGAGACCGACACGAGGAGGAAGAACCAGGCUGGAAACCGACACGAGGAGGAAGAACCAGGCUGGAGACCGACACGAGGAGGAAGAACCAGGCUGGAGACCGACACGAGGAGGAAGAACCAGGCUGGAGACCGACACGAGGAGGAAGAACCAGGCUGGAGACCGACACGAGGAGGAAGAACCAGGCUGGAAACCGACACGAGGAGAUAGAACCAGGCUGGAGACCGACACGAGGAGGAAGAACCAGGCUGGAGACCGACACGAGGAGGAAGAACCAGGCUGGAGACCGACACGAGGAGGAAGAACCAGGCUGGAAACCGACACGAGGAGGAAGAACCAGGCUGGAGACCGACACGAGGAGGAAGAACCAGGCUGGAGACCGACACGAGGAGGAAGAACCAGGCUGGAAACCGACACGAGGAGGAAGAACCAGGCUGGAGACCGACACGAGGAGGAAGAACCAGGCUGGAGACCGACACGAGGAGGAAGAACCAGGCUGGAGACCGACACGAGGAGGAAGAACCAGGCUGGAGACCGACACGAGGAGGAAGAACCAGGCUGGAGACCGACACGAGGAGAUAGAACCAGGCUGGAGACCGACACGAGGAGGAAGAACCAGGCUGGAUACCGACACGAGGAGGAAGAACCAGGCUGGAGACCGACACGAGGAGGAAGAACCAGGCUGGAGACCGACACGAGGAGGAAGAACCAGGCUGGAAACCGACACGAGGAGAUAGAACCAGGCUGGAGACCGACACGAGGAGGAAGAACCAGGCUGGAGACCGACACGAGGAGGAAGAACCAGGCUGGAGACCGACACGAGGAGGAAGAACCAGGCUGGAAACCGACACGAGGAGGAAGAACCAGGCUGGAGACCGACACGAGGAGGAAGAACCAGGCUGGAAACCGACACGAGGAGGAAGAACCAGGCUGGAAACCGACACGAGGAGAUAGAACCAGGCUGGAGACCGACACGAGGAGGAAGAACCAGGCUGGAGACCGACACGAGGAGGAAGAACCAGGCUGGAGACCGACACGAGGAGGAAGAACCAGGCUGGAGACCGACACGAGGAGGAAGAACCAGGCUGGUGUAAUGACCGUUAUUAAGACUUAGUUUUGAAUUUUCUGAGUUGGGGUCACACGGUUUUAAGAGUUAUCAGGACUUAGCAUGUAGUUAGCGAAUAGGUGUGAUGAUGUGAAGAGUAAGUCUCUCAGUUAUCACCACCAUCGUGUUCCUCUUCGAGUGGUGUGCAAGACACUUCAUACCAUCUGACCUCUGGCUCAGAGUCCAGCACUUCUCCAUCACAGAUCUGGAUUUUCGUACCUUUACGGCAGAAUGCUCUUCUUGUGGGUGAGAUUUGAGAGUUGUCUGGUUGCACGUGUCCCAGACCGGGGGGGGGGGGAGGCUGGUUUUAAACAUGGACUCAAGUUCUGGAUGGGUACAUUUUGUCCUGGCUGAACAGGGCGUUGCAGCUCCCUCUUGUUCUGACAUUGUCAGCAUUCAAAAGCCGGAGGUUAAACAUCCAUUUCUCACCUCUCCUGUGUGGCGUUCUUCAGCCUCCUCCUCCUCCUGAGACACGAGGUCACCAUCCGUCUAAUGUUACUCCCUUCUGAUUUUGGUGGAUGAAGAAAGGGAUUAUUGGUGUAUUUUCGCUGCCUUUUGCCCCCUGGCACUAAUAGGAUUUUAUAAAAGAAACAUUAUCUUGAAUCAUUUAAUUCAGACCAAUUAAAGUUUGAAGUGCAGGAUUCAUAAUUCAUGGCUGCCAAAGAUAAAAGCCCUUUAAUCCUUGAAUUUGUUAUAAUGGGCAGAGGGAAGGGCAGCAGAGAGCGAGACUUGUCCACUGUUGGUAAUUCAGGUCUGGGACCAGCAUUGCCAAAGAGUCCUGCCAAACCAAAACAUUAUUAUCAUCAAUACUUCGGCCAGGAUCGG